AAAUUGACUUAAAAACCAUAUCAAUUCCAAACCCAAAUCUUAACUAGGUUGACGGAAAUCUUUCUAAAUUCGUCCGUGAUGGACGCUGACGGGGAGGAGAUAAAGCAGCAGCUCAGGCUUCAGUUUCAGGCUCUUCAGGAGCAGCAGGAGCACAGGAGACAGCAGAUGAAGAAGAGCAGAUCCAGGGCUCCUCCUCCUCUUCCUCACAGCGGCCUGGACCACAUCAGCCUCACCACACAGCAGGAGGAAGAGGAGGAGGAGGAGGAGCGGUUCAAGGCCAGAGUGAUCCAGGAGGAAACCCAGCAGCUGCAUGAUCGUCUGAGGGAGCUGAGAGACGAGAACGGCCGGCUCCACAAACUGCUGAGUGAGAGAGACUUCGAGCUCCAACACCUGAAGAAGAAGAGAGAGGAGGAGCGGCUGGCUCUCGCAGGAACUGCUGGUUUGGCAGGAGAUGCAGCGGCAACCAAAAUUGUGGAAGUGUCAAAAAAGAAUCGCGAAUUAGCAGCUGAAAUAGAGCGAGAGAAGACCAAAACUAAACAAGCAAACAACCGGGUCAAAGCACUGGAGAAAGAGCUUCAGGCCACACUGUUACUGAAUCCUGCAAAGACGGCCAACAAAACUCAGACUUCAAGGGCUGUGAACGACUAUCUGGAGAACAGCCCGGUAGUGAAAUCCCUUCAGGAGAAACUGUCUGCAGCACAACUCAAAAUGGCUGAAUACCGCAACCAGAUCCAGACCUGCAAGCAGGAGCUCAGAAUGGCUCACAAGGUGUUGAGCUGUGAGGUGGGAGAGGACGUCAGUAUUCAGCAGGUUCUGUGUAACCCAGGAGGAUGGAGAGGCCGAUCUCAGCAGAUCCUCGUCCUGCACAACAGAGUGCGAGACCUGGAGCAACAGCUGAGCCAGUCGUGUCCCAGCAGUGAGCCAGGCCUCGAGGAGGAGAUGAGGAGGACACACGACAGGAACAUCAGCCACAUCCGUCACAUGGAGCGGGAGAAGAAGGAGGCGCUGGAGAAGCUCACUGUGGACUAUGAGGUUCUGCUGGAAGAGCACGCGGAUGUGAAGAAGAAACUGGAGGGCUCCAGAGCCAGGAGCAAAGUGUUGAGCACAGAAGUGAAAGCCCUGAAGAGCCAGAUCAGCACUCUGCUGGAGAAGGGCCGACACGACGACGAGCUGGUCCACGCAUUACUGAAGCAGCAGUCGCAGUGGCAGGCCAUGUUCGGGCACCUCAGCCAGAGGGGCCACCAGCGCGAGGAGGCCCAGCAGGGCCUGGGGGUGCAGCUGCACAACGAGGCCCAGCAACACGCCUCCCUCAUCCAGCAGCUCAAACUCAAGGUGUCGGAGAAGGAGAACAAGGUCAAAGAGCUGGAGCAGGAGAUCCAGCAACUCGCCCUCCAGAAGCAGAGGGAGAGUAAAGGCCAACCUAACAUCGGGCCUCUGACAUCACGACAGGAGAACAGCAGGGAGUCCAGCUCUGCCAGAGAAGCGCGAGCGGCCUGUCCGGAGUGUGUUAAAAUCCCAUCACUCCAGGCUCAGUGUGUGGAGUAUAAGGCUCUGUUUCAGGCUGCUAGUGUGGAGAGAGACCGACUACUGGAGCUCACCAAGAAACAGCACACCAGGGAAGAAGAGGCCAAGCGUCAGUGUGUGGAAGCAGAGCAGAAGCUCAGAGAAGAACGACAGCGUUCAGUGUCACUGGAGCAGCAGCUGGAGAAAGCCCGACUCCUCUCAACACCUCAGCGGAGCGCCACAGGUCUCGAGCGUGCACUGGAAACAGGUUACGGGCUAGAGAAUGCUUCAUUAACCAGCAAUCUGUUGUAUUUUCUUCAUUGCUGUAGGAAGCUCGUCUCCCAGAAGUCUCUCUGAGGGCGCUCAACUC